AUGGACACCAUUUCAAAACUGGCAACUGUUGAACUGUUGAAAAAAAAUCAUUUGGACACCAUUUCAAAACUGGCAACUGUUGAACUGUUGAAAAAAAAUCAUUUGGACACCAUUUCAAAACUGGCAACUGUUGAACUGUUGAAAAAAAAUCAUUUGGACACCAUUUCAAAACUGGCAACUGUUGAACUGUUGAAAAAAAAUCAUUUGGACACCAUUUCAAAACUGGCAACUGUUGAACUGUUGAAAAAAAAUUAUUUGGACACCAUUUCAAAACUGGCAACUGUUGAACUGUUGAAAAAAAAUCAUUUGGACACCAUUUCAAAACUGGCAACUGUUGAACUGUUGAAAAAACACAGGAAUGGUUACUCAACUGGAAAUUUCAUCAGGAAUUGGUCGUGGUCCUUCUGGAAUGCCACCUACUUUUACACUGGGAAUCUCUAA